AUAAGUCUUUCUUAUCGCACGCAACUCAGACGCACCUAUCGCUGAGGUAUCGUAGACCUUUUACGGUCAUUCACUUGUUCAGUGCGCUUGAGUACUCGGUGUUGUACUGACCUCUCUGAAGAAAGUAUAGGUACUCUUUAGUAUUGAUCCGAUUUAUCGUUAAAAUAGGUUGUGACCGUGACUGAUUGUAUCUAUGCUGUAAGUAAGUACGAAGUUUUUUUCUAAACAAAAACAAAUCGGUGUCAAGUGACAGACGAUACUGAAAAGUUCUAAUCUAUUUGGAGGACAAUUUUAUUAAAUUGGUUUUAGACAAAAUUAUCCAAAAUGGCAGGAACAAGCAAACUGACUGAAUUAAUACAAAAUAAAGGCAACUUCAGUUAUUCAUUUGAAGUGACUCCGGAUGUUUCUGAAGAAGAUAUUGAUAAUUUAAGAGUGGAGCCUCUAUUCUUCUCCGUUACUUGGCAUGCAAAAACGCAUCAAUGCAAAGACUUGAACAUAGCCCCGUUAAAAAUUGCAUUGAAAUUGAGUAGUAAACAGAAAAAUGUACUCCUGCACUUAUCAUGUGAUAUGAUGAAGACUACUUAUUUAACUGAUCUCCUGGCUAUGCUGCAAGAAAAUGGAAUAUGCAAUUUAUUCUUGGUUUUGGGAGAAGGAUUUGAUCCAAGUAAUUCCGAUUUCGUCAACACAACAGAAAUGAUAAAAUUCAUCAGGGAGAAAACAGGACAAUAUUUCUGUAUUGGAAUUGCGGGAUACCCUGGCUGUUCUGAUGAAAAGCUUAAGCAGAUCAAAGAAAAAGUUGAUGCUGGAGCCAAUUUUCUUCUUACACAAGCAUUCUUCGAUGUUGAUGCAUUUAAAAAUUUGAAAGAUAGUUGUGAGAAAAUGGGAGUCCACGUUCCGCUCAUACCCGGAGUGUUUUCCUUUGAAACGCCCAAACAAUUAGAUGGCUUCAUAAACAUGUGUAAGAUAAAAGUAUCUGAGGAUUUAUUGAAAGCUGUCGGUGAUAAUGAGAAAAUGAAUAGACCUUGCACUGACAUUAUCAAGCAGUUAAUAAAACAACUGAAUUCUAUUUGCAACAUUACUCACUACCAUUUCUUUACUAUAAAUAAAUUGCAUGACGUCCAAAAUUUAAUUGAAGGAAUAAAGGAAUAAUUUUUUUCCCAUA